CCAGAAAGCCGCAGCCUCGCCGGUUCCGAGCCUGUAAUUUUUUAAUUUUCCAGAUUCUUAUAAUUUAGUAAUUAAUAAAUAAAUAAUUAUUAAUAGAAAACAAAAUUUUUCCACUUCAGUGUUCAAUGAUCCCAUUAUCUCCGGUUUUGUCUGAAGGAAGAGCUCAACACUGUGACGCACCCUCUUUAGAAACAUUUAGCACAAGAACACUCCCAAUCCUUUUAGAGAGAGAAAGAAACGAGAGAGAGAGAGAGAGAGAGAAAGCUCUGUGAUUCUUAUGAGAUAAUAUUAUUUAUAUAUUUAUUACAAAUAUAAUUUGGAGGAGGAAGGAAAAGGAAAAGGAAAAGGAAAAGGAAAAGCAAGAAGCAUUUCUCUGGUAGCUGUUUUGGAGCUAGGAAGGGAAAAAAAAAAAAUACUCAGUCUGCUUUUUUUUGCUGAUUUUUCAAUCUGUAAGUUAAUUUACACACAUUUGUGACUGAGCCCACUUGAAUUUUUUUCCACUCAGAUCACAGUGUAGGAAUUCACAAAAACACUGCCACCUACUGUGUUGCUGUUACUGAAAUUAAUCCAAAGUUUUGAGCUUUUUUGUAAUUUUUAGUUUUUAUUUUUUAAGCUCUGGGUUUUUGGCCCUUCUUCCUCUGUUUUUCUGGGUAGCAGAAUUGGUAGUCACAUGCCUUGAUCCAAGUUAUGUUUAUCCAAUUUUUUUUUUUUUUUUUUUGGUUUCCCUUUUGUAUUUGGUGUUGUUUAUUACUGUAGCAUGAAGUUCGAAUUUUUGGUGUGAGGGUGUUUAAAUUUGAUAGUGGUUUUUGGUUGAAGGGGUUUGUGGUUUGUGUGUCAUGCUUUGAUUAUCCAUGGGAACUUGUUAGUUUAAAUUUUGGGAAUUUUGUUAAUUGCAUGAGCAAGUUGUUAAUUGUGUAGGGUUUUCUUUAGUGCUUUGGAGGGUAACAUUUUUGGUGCCAAUGUUGGAAAGUUCAUCAUUGUGGAGUUCAUUUUGGUCUCGUUUGUCCUCUAUUCUGGGUAGCUGUAAUUGCUGACAGAUUGUCCUUCCUGAUAAUUUGCUGUUUUGAAUAGUACUGACUUAUUUUAGGAAGCAGCAAUUUAUAAUCCGAUUUAAGUUGUCUCUUGGUAGUUUACUGCAUAAGUUUGUGGACUAGUUGAAAUAUUUGCCGUCAGAAGUUCGAAUAGCUGAGAACUGGUAUGCUCUUGAGUCUUGAUGCACAGCUGCUUCUGUAAAGAGCAUUUGGAAUUUGAGUGAAAUAUUAGUUUCAUCUUUGCUUUAUCUGUUUUGUGUAACUAUGAUUUUUGGUGGAAAACUUGAGUUAGAGCUUUAAGAUUGUGCACAACUGAUUUUUGAUUGGAUGGUUUUAAUUUCAAGUUUCAGAAAAGUAGUAUCGAGUAGGACAGCCUUGAUUGCUUUGUCUAAUUAAUGUCAAAAAUCCAAGGAAAGAUCAUUCUCAUUAGAACUAUAGCAGGAUGAUUUCUGUCUGGAAAGGAAAAGCUUUUAGAUAUCCUUCUCAUUUGAUAAUUUGUUAUCGUUUCGUAAUCUGUAUAGGGGUUUUGAGAAGCUGUGGAUGCCAACACCUCAUUUAUCAUGUUGCAAAGGCAGAUCAUGUUCAAACAGCUGCAAGCAAUGCAGCAGCGGCAGCAACUUCAGGAGUUAAAUGAUGCAAGGCAACAGCAGUACCUAAAUCAGCUAUCGGUAUAUAACAAACAGACUUCUGGUUUGCAAUCUUCUUCAGCAAAUGGAAUGCCUAUUCAAGAUGCAUCACAAAUGUUUAUGGGCGGAAACUCUUACUCAGCUCAGCGUGGCAUGACGCCAAAUGUUCAAGGGUUUCCAAAUGGAUACGUCUUUUCACAAGCUCAAAAUCAGCCUAUUUAUUCCUUUGGAUUGCCUCAACAAAUGGAUGUGUCUCUAUAUGGAAAUCCGGUAAACUCAGGAGAGGAUAUGAAUGCUUUUGGCCAAAUUCAAGGAUCUUCUCAGGAUUAUGCGAAUGCAUUUAACAUGGGCCAUAAUAGCCAGUUGGAGAUGGCAUCGAUACAGCCAUCGACUUUCAGCAACUCCUUUGUGAAUGAACGGUUCAACCUUCCCUUAGACAAAGUUGGCACGACAACUGAAGAUUUCGCUCAAAGACAUUUUGGGAAUAAGAAUUUCUAUGGACAACUUCCUAUGCAAUCUUCAGAAGAGGGAAUUCAACCUACCAACUUCCAGCAAUCUGAUUCCCUCCAAAAGAAUGCAUCUUCAAAGAUAUUAGCAAUGGGGCAAGGACAAGCUGGGUGGCCGCUGCAGUCUGUGGAAAAAACAGCAAGACUUGAACCUUCUCGUGAUACUGCUUCCCUGGAUCCUUUGGAGGAGAAAAUAUUGUUCAACUCCGAUGACAGUAGUUGGGAGUCUUCUGCCGGUCAGCUUAGUAAUGUGAUGAUGGGCUUUGAGAAUAACCGUCAAGCAGAUUUUGGGGGUUCUUUUUCUGCAAACCACAGUGGCAGCUGGAGUGCUCUUAUGCAGUCUGCUGUCGCUGAGGCUUCUAGCAGCGACACCGGGCAACAAGAAGAAUGGAGUGGUUUAACCUUUCAGAACCCAGAACUCUCAACUGAUAAUGAUCAUGCAAAUUAUAUUGAUGAUGAGCAACAGCGAACUUGGGUUGACAAUAGUUUGCAAAAUAUAACUUCUCCACCUUCAAAACCUGAGGUUGUGCGUCAACAAUCCAAUAUGAAUUUCGGAUUUCCUACUUUUCAGCAUGAUGGCAUGCAUUCUGAUUUUUCGUAUGAAUCAAAUCAGCAGCCCAUGCCAAAUGCCAGUGAGUGGCUUGAUCGUAACAGCCAACCGAAGCCAUCUGUUGAAGGAUGUCAACUGGUACAAACUUCUCCCCAGUUGCAUGAUGUUUGGAAGGAUCAACGUCAUGAGCUUUCAAGAAACAACCAUGUUUCUGUUUCAGGGAAUGAAGUGAAAGCAAACAUGUGGCAGCAUGAAAAUGAACCUCAGCACAUGGUUGCUGGCAGCGGCGCACCAGUCAAUCUGGUCUCUCAUCCCUGGAGUAAUCAGGAGCAAGGGUACGUUAAUAAUAUUGCUGAUAUUGGAGUACAGUCUGGAAAGGUGCAGUCUCCAGAUACAGUUUCAUCCUCACAAGUACCCCACGUAGAAAAUCAAAAUGAUGUUUUGUUUCAUGAAUCAUCUUCUUCACCAGGCAUGCGCUCAAUGGUCCCUCCAUCUCAACAGAUACCAAGAUCUUAUUUUUCCCCGUCGCAGGCACAGUCAAAUGUAAUAAACACUUCCUAUCCUUGGCAUCAAAGCAACGAGCGUCAGUAUGAGCAAAAUUCUGUUUCAUUCAACCACAAUGCCCCUGCUACAUUUCAAUUGGCUACAAACAGUCAUGCCAAAGUUGCUACCUCUCCGCACCCCCGUGUUCCUUUUCAAAAUACUGUUGAAGAUACGAACAAUAGCAACAAGGACAGUGCUAGUAUGGUUGUACAUCCACAGCAUGGUCAAAAUUGUUUUGAAGUUGGUGAUAUUUCCAGAGAGGUUGAUGUCUCUCCAAAGACAACUCAAGGUUUUGAUCCGAAGGUGGACCAAGUGGAUCAUCCAAACCCAUGCAAAGCGUCCAGCCCUUUUUCACUCACGAGAUCAAGUCAUGCACACGGAGCGGUUGCUUGCCAUCUUUCAGCCCCAAAUGUUACAAAUGUUGUUUCAACAAGUUUUCAUCAACAGGGAUCUGAAAAAGUGGAGCAGAGAGACAACGCCCAUGUCAAUGUUCAAAGAUCUGAUGCUUUUGGCCGUUAUCUGGAGCCUCAUAGCCUACUGCAAAAAUUUCCUCUGCUGCAACAGGUAAAUGCAAAUGUCCGGCAGCAGUUAUUGUUGAGGCUUCAGUCAGGGCUGCAGAAUGUGGCACAAGGACACACCAAUGUUAAUUUUCAGCUCAAUUCCAACUUGCAUGCGGAGAAUAAGCCAAUUAUUCCCUCCGAAUCUGGUGGAAAUCUGCCCGGAAAACAUUUUUCUGAGACUUCGAUUCAGGGUAGCAAGAGAUUACCGUCUGUUGAAACUGUCAACCAUCUUCCAAAGGAUCAAUCUCCUUUUAAUGUUCAAACUGGGCCUUCCUGGUUUAAACAGUAUGGAGCUAUGAAAAAUGGACAGAUGUUGGCAAUUUCUAAUUCAAUGCACACAGUUCCUUCUGCUCAACAGUUGUCCAAUAAGUCAGAAACGUUCCAAGGAGUUGUGCUAGAGGAUCCAUCAAAUGCCAGCCAACUCAGAGGUAUUUCGCCUUAUUUAAUUAUCAAGAAUGCCACGGCUCAACAAUCAUUGGGCAACAAUGAACAAAACUUAGCUGCUUUGAGACCUAAGAAGCGAAAAGUUCCUGUCUUUGAUAAUAUUCCAUGGCACAAAGAAGUAACUCAGAGGAUCCCACUCCAUAAAUUAAGUAGCUGCGUGGCUGAAUCAGAAUGGGCAUUGGCUUCAAACAGAUUAAUUGAAAAGGUGGAAGAUGAAGCUGAAAUGCUGGAGGAUGUGCUGCCAAGGUCUCAUGCUAAGAAAAGACUUCUCUUAACAACUAAGCUUAUGCAACAGGUCUUUCAACCAGCACCAGCGGUCAUUCUAUCAGCAGAUGCUUCUUCAAACAGUGAGAGUCUGGUGUAUUUUGUUGCUAGAUUAGCCCUGAGGGAUGCAUGCGGCCUGACCAGUGGUUCUCAGAACCCUCCAACCAGUGACAUGUCACCUGAGGAGCUGGGAAACUCUGAGAGAGGUGAUCUGCUGGAUUUUUCAAAGACUGUGGAAAACUUCAAUGAUCGAGCCAAAAAACUUGAAAAUGACUUGUUAAGGUAAAGAAACUAGUUUCUGACCCCCCCCAUAAAAGUUCCAAGUUCGAAAAGUUCUUGGAAGUGUGACGUGAACCAGAUAGGUCUGGACCAGCAUUGCAUUUGCUGCUCUUUCAGCGAAGUGAUAGCCCUGAUGUUUUUCUUUAUUCUCGCGAAAUUUGGUUUUGCAGAAUGGACAAGACGGCAUCAGCUGUGCAAAUAAAGGUGGACUAUCAAGAUCUGGAGAAGUUCUCAGUCAUAAACAGAUUUGCUAGGUUCCACAGCAAGGGACCUUGUGUUUCAGUGAAUACAUCUUCAAAUUCUGUUGCAAAUCCUGCUUUGUCUAAACCAGAACCUCAGAGAUAUGUUGUAGCACACCCAAUGCCUAAGGUGGUGCCGGAAGGGGUGAAUUGUAUUUCCUUGUGAACAAAAAUUUUCUUGACCAGGCAGUUUUCCCAUAACUCAGAUCAUAGAUUAACCAUAUUGAAGGAGUAGCGAAAAAGUACGCUUAAGGAAAAAGAAAAAAAGAAACCCUAGAAAUUGGAAUAGGAAACUGGAGUUGCAAGACAAAGCCGUGCGCUCCAGGUAAGAAUGCUGGUUGAUCUUUUAGAUAGGAAACCAGUCUGCCGCAACCAAAUUUUGAUUUUAGCGUGUGUAUACUAAUUCUGUAUAUAUGACAAGGCCAUCACCUUCUCAAUGGUUAACCAGGUGAUGCUAAUCUCUGCCUAGAAUGUAAUGUUAAGUCUGAUUAGAAUUUAACUCAUAUAUGUAGCAUCUGAUAUUCCAUGUGCCUUCACUGUACUUUAUCUUCUCCACUAAUUUUGCCAUUUUCAG